CUUUUUUUUUUCUCUCUCUGCAACAGGCGUUACCUUAUUUUAGCUGCCAUCUCUUUUUUUUUUCUCUCUCUCGGCAGUUGUCACUCUCUUCUACAGCUGUUGCCCACUAGCCCACAUAUUAUUGUUAUUAUUUUUUUGUUAUUUUCGAAUCUGCCCACUGUCUUUUUAUUUUCAGCUUUCUCUGCAACAACUGUUGUCCCCUUGUUGCGGCAGUCUAAGACAUGGCUAGUUUAAUGCGUUGCUCAAAGAAACGGAGAAACGAUGACUCAAUUACAGUACUUUCAGAGAGUAAUGAUGUUGGAUCUGAAGAUGAUGUCGUUGAUGAUAAGGAGAUCGAGAAGAUCGUGUGUGAUUAUUGUUCGAAGAUACGAACAUUUGAGUCUAUCCGAAAGCUCACUGUCCAUAUCGGUGAUUGUCAUACCGUUGAUGGCGUUGUUGCCUUGGGAAAGAGGUGUCUGGUUAUAAGAAGAAGCGGUGAUGGUCAAUUUUACUGCAAGGAGUGUAAAGCCUCAUUCGAGACGAAAUCUGGCUUCCGAAAGCAUUUGUUCGGGUCCCAAUCGUGUUACACGCAGUAUGAAGCCAAAAGAGAUUCAGACGCCCACCCUGUCCCAUCCUUUCAGUCGGCUCGGCCACCUCAGAGUUGGCGUCCAUUUAACGAAGCUCUGAUACACGCAUGUGGACUGGAGUCAUCAUCAGAACAGGAAAAGCAAAAGAUGCUGUAUUAUUCUGACAGAAUGGGACAAUUUCCAAUGGGGAUAUCCAUCUCUGGAUGUGAGUUUGAUGCUCUUGUUUCAGAAACAGUUUAUCAUUCACUCCCAACAGCAUCUGUCCUUGCUUUAGUCAAUAAAUCUGUCCAUGCCUCUGGAUACCUGCCUCCAUGGAAAAUUCAGGAGAACGAACGAUCCGAUGCAGUUCCUCCAUCGAUCGAGGGAAUUCUCCGCCACUCGCCAUUUGCGGAAGCUAUCAAUAAAAGGUCCUUCACGGAAUUGACAGAUUCAACGAGUGAGCAAUUAAACCUUUCAUGGGAGCGAACACCUCAGGCCUGCCAUAUUGCAAGUCAUUUGUUAUCAGGGACACUACUCCUUAACUCAAGGAGUGAAACACUCCUCCUCAUUAACGAGGUGGAGGUCUAUGGAAGAGGAAGACUCCAUGAUUCUCAUCAUGAACAAACAGGGAUAGUGAAGGAUGUUCCCAAAGAAACAUCCAUGCCAAAGACAACCGGUGAGGACCAUUACUUUGGCGUUCGUCCAAUUACAAUGGAAAGGAGUGGUGGGAAGCACCUCGUAAUUGGGACAUUCAAGUGUGAUAUCUUAGUCACCAGUUGUUUGCGUCUCGACAUCAAGUGUGUAGAGUCAAUUUCAGCUGGCGGAAUCACACAAAAUUUCAACAUUUCUGAGAGCGAAUCGAAGUACAUCAGGAUCUUCCUUGACAAAGAGCGCCUACAACAAGUUGAAAAGAUGGAAAACUUGACUUGCGAAAAAAUCACCAGACAGAUGGGAACCGAGCAACUACGACAAGUGAGGACAAAGUUUCACCUGAUGGACACUUACCAAUUGUCAAGGCGUUCUGGACCACUCACUGAUUCCACAUUGUUCCAGCCAAUUACUGUUUUUACUUUUGCGAACCACAGCAAUGUUAAGGGUUCGAGCUUUGCAGCUGGUAUAAUUCUUAAUGGAGUCGGAAAAUCGGUGAUUGUCGAUGGAGAAUGUGCUGUUCUCAGACUGGAUGAUGUGAAGCGUGCACUCCCCCAUUGCAAGCCCUCCAGUGAGGUUCUUAGGUUAAUACAAAGUAUCCAUGCACUCUUCACACCUGGUGUACAAUCAAUCCCAAUCAUUGAAAACUCUGAGCUCAACACUGUACUGGAGAGCCUUGCUACUUUCUUGACCCAAAAAUUACCAAAAGCCAACAUGACGAAAGUUAAAGAAAUCAAGAAGUUGUUUAUUUCUUAACUAUUCUAAGUGUUUAUAACUAUAGUUGUCCCUUAAGCUUACGGCCCAUCGCAACAUAAAGAAAUAAAUAGGAG